AUGAAUCCCUGGCGAGGAGUGGACAAGGAUGCUGCAGCAGCUGCAGUAGGAGAGGGGGCUGGGCUCGUGGGUGCUGCUGUAGCUGCAGGUGAAAACAACAACAGCAUUGCCGGGAAGAGGGAAAAACACGCAAUGAGCACUAUCGCGCUUCUGAGGCUGCUGCAGCAGCCACAGGAGGAGCGGGGGAAGGGCUCGUGGGUGCUGCAGCUGAAGAAGGAUCUGCAGAGUAAAACAGCAACAGCAGUGAAAGCAGGAGGGAAAAGAUUCAAUGAGCUCAAGGGCCCUGGCGAGAGGUGGGUGAGGAUGGGGCAGGAGGAGGAGGAGAGGGGGCCGGGCUCGUGGGUGCUGCUGCACCUGAAGAAGGACCUGCAGAGGGAAAAAAACAUCGCCAGUGAGCAGCAGGAGGAGGAGGAGGAGGAGGAGGAGGAGGAGGAGGAGGAGGAGGAGGAGGAGGAGGAGGAGGAGGAGGAGGAGCGGGGGCUGGGCUCGUGGGUGCUGCUGCCGGAUUUUCUGCAGCACGCACAUGUUAUCUCACGCACAGUUCUUUAG